CUCUAAUAAAUGGUACGACCAUAACAUUGAUCAGCUGUCAAACUGUGAAGUUAUCCAGCUGAGAAAAGCUGGAAAUCGAAGCUGAGAGAGUACGGGAAUGUGAGGUUUGGAGGGAAAGUGGAAGCAACGCAAACGUCAAAAGUAGACCUUCCGCCAAUGGUUGCGCUGAGGACAUCAUGUCGGUGAGAGGCUAGCUGGCCUCUGUCCCACGUCUUCAUUUGCAUGACUCCGCGAUGGAGCUGGCUGCGCUUCUCGUCCUGUGCCUUCUACCGCUGGUCUCCACGCUACAGGACUCUUCCCAGUGUGCAGUUGUAGAGGACGUGUUUGACCCCGCCCCCUGCCUGACCCCCUGCUCCAACGACAGGGAGUGUCCAGCUGACCAGGUGUGCUGUAAGGUGUCCCCCAGCAGUGACUGUGACCAUGAGUGCCAGGUGCCAACAGAGACAGUGGAGUGUAUUGACCCAGAGGCAGGUGUGCUAGCUCCAGGAGAGCAGCUUGAGAAUGGAGACGGGAACUGUUGUACCUGCCAACACUCAGGUGAAGUAACCUGCACUAAUGGACCAUGUAGCACUGAUGGCAGUGCAUCCACCAGGCCUGGGUUCUGUCCGGACCCUGCCGGUUCCCAGCUGUGCGGAGAGGCCAUGUGCACGACAGACUCGGACUGUGGCGGGAGCGACAAGUGUUGUCCUGCCAUCGACGCCUGCCAGUUCUCCAUGACGUGUGCACCAGCCAUUGGGGGCUCCACAGGUUGCAUUGCCAACAGAUCCCCGUAUUCUGAGGGAGAAGUGGUCAGGGUGGUGGACAGGUGUAACAACUGCACUUGUCUGAGAGGUGAGGUGGUGUGUACCGAUGCCCCCUGCCCUUCAGCAGCAGCACAGCAGGAGGAACCAACAGUCAGCUCUCCAGCUGCAGUGGUUAGGUCCAGAGACUUGUUGUGGUUAGGGGCUCUUCUGCUGUUUGUAUCUUUAUGGAAUACAUUCUAACUCUGUAUUACUCUGACAAGUCUCACUUUGGCUAAUCAGACUAACACCCUAUGAACCCAGUUGAUGGGGCUAUGUUGCUAGAGGGCCAAAUUGUCCUGAUGUAGCUGUAAAAAAUACUAAGUUAACAGUUUGCCAAGUUCUUGCUGCAAGAGGCAGCAACAAGUCUUCUUUUUGAUAUCUUUUAAAAAAGGCUGGACCAUGACUUGAGAUAUUUUUAUACAUGUAAUUUAUAGACCAUACAUAGACAAAACUCUUUAUGCUAUACUAGUAUGUUGGAUAGGAAGGUCUUUCUUAGCAAAGCCAUUCGUUUUUAUGUUAGUGUAAGUGUUGAUACCUGAGUCAGCUUACAGAUGUGCCCUUUGUGGCAGAGACUGUCAUAAUUUUCUCAUGUAUGACUGGUGAGCCAUAGCCAAAGCUGUAGGGCUGGUAUCAAUUAUGAUUUUACCAUGGUCAAUAUUGACCAAAAGAGGCCAUAUAGUUUCAAUGCAUGAAUUUUAUUUGUUCAAGCAACAAGAUGAAUUGAGUGUCGAUGAAGAGUCAACCAUUGCCAUAGAAUGUUGAAUUUUGUCCCAAAUGCUAGACAGUAUUUAAGAAUGUAUAGCCUUGUUUAGAAGCACUGAACUAUUGCUACAAUGUCCGUCUUUUGUCUAGUCCUAUUUUGAAGUUUUGAUAACAAUCUUAAGAAUUAAGAUAUGUAGCUUUCUACUGAGAUGAAAUGUAGUAUCAAUAGUGCCAAAAAGCUUUUGAUAUAUGAUUACAAAAUUGGAGAAUAUCUUUUUCUGCACAUUUUCCAUGUUUAGAAGUAAUCAUGUGAUGAGUAUGUUAAAUAUUACUGUAAGAUUUGAGUAGUUUGCUUGCUUUUUACACAGAUGCAUAUGUAUGGCAGUGUUGCCUUAUGCUAUCAUUAGGCGUUUGUAUAUUGUACUUACUGUCAUUAGUGUCAGUACAUUAAAUUGUUAUAUCAGUAUUAAGACUUACUCCAGAAUGUACCUACCUGUGCCAAACAUCUAAAGCCAUAGUUUUACUUAAUGUACUUGACAUAUAGGAGAUAUUUUUGGAGACAUUAGAGAAACUAAGUGCUUUAGAAACCCCAUACAAUGGGGAGUAACAUGACAAAAAAUAAAUUUGUAGUUGUACAAGUG